AUGGUUGUACCAACAGGACAGACAGAGAUAGGAAGCGUGGAAUCACUUUCCAUUAUUCCAAUAAAACAGCCUACUCUGUGCCAUGGUACAAAAAACACAAUAUUAGGCGAUGCAAUUGAAACAGUAGAAGCAGAUUCUGACAAUGAUGAUAAUGGCAAGGAUCCAGACUGGGUGCCUUCAAGUAAGAGAAAAAGUGGUGAAAGUUCUGAUGAAUACUCUUACGAAAACACAGAGAACCAUAAUGUUGUGAUCAAUCCUGUUCCAGAACUUGACCAAACCAUCCAUCCCAUUAAAGAAUCCCGAGCUAAACCAGGGAAGGCCAACCGCAAACUAUGGACAAAAAAUGUGCACAAACGUUUGCGAAUGGAAGGGAAAUCCUACAAAGGAGUCAAAAAAGAUGCUGGUAGUCAUUAUACUUAUUCAACGGAUAAAUCAGAACGUACACUUGGUCCUCGUAACUGCUCAAAACUUUGCGACAAGCGAAAAGGGUGUACAUCUUUUGUCGGCAGGUGA